UUCGUGUCUCAGAGAGCUGUUUAACACAGCUCAGGCAGCAAUUGGUACAGGGACAGCAAACCAGGCUGCAUCUGCUCAGCCCCAGUCACAAGCUCCCUGCUUCCUCUGAGUGUGUGUGCGUGUGUGUGUGUGCGUGUGUGUGUGCGCGCUAGACACAGGCAUCCGCUCCCAGCAUCUCGCUGUCUCCUGCAUCCUCCGGCAGCAAGUGCAGGGCUUUGGCUCCUCGGGUACCACCCUCACCGCUCCAUCCCCCGACAGGGAUUUGCACACGGGGAUGUGGUGAGCACCCACGGGUGGAGAGGGGGCUGCAGCCAGAGGCAGCGGCGAUGGACACCGUGUGGACCUCUGUCUAGGGCUCGAGUUCCCCAGACAGACCCUCACCCUGAGCCAUGGGGGUGCUAAUGUCCAGGCGGCAGACGGUGGAGAGGGUGCAGAAGGUGAGCUUGGCAGUGUCAGCCUUCAAGGACGGGCUGCGGGAGCAGCCAUCGACGCGGCGCCGGGGAGAGGCGGGGACCUCACGCCGGGGGACACUGGAGCAGGAGGUGCAGGAGGGAGAGGAGGAGGCAUCGGCAGGACCUUCCCAGCCAGAGGAGAGCAGUGCCAGUGCCAGUGCCAAGGCAGCCUGGGAACGGCUGCGGGAUGGCCGGGGUGUGGAGCCAGAGGAGUUUGACCGGGCCAACAGGUUCACACCACCCGCCUUCAUCCGGCCCAAGCGGGAGCUGCACGAUGAUGAGCCCCCGGACAUCAGCCUGGAACAGAGGGAGCAGAUCGUGAAUGACGAGAUGUGUGAGAUCUGCGAGGUGUGGACAGCCGAGAGCCUCUUCCCAUGCCGCAUCUGCCCCCGGGUGUACCACGACGGCUGCCUGCGCCGCAUGGGGUACCUGCAGAAGGACAGCGCCGUGGAGGUGACAGAGACGGCGCACACCGAGACGGGCUGGAGCUGCUACUACUGCGACAACCUCAAUCUGCUGCUGACAGAGGAAGAGAUGUACAGCCUGAUGGAGACCUUGAAGAACUGCAAGAUCAUUCCAGAGACCUGCCUGACCCUGGAUGACUUCCUGCACUACAAACACCUCGUGCACAAGCAGCAGUUCGAGAAGCCCAUGGCUGAGGCACAGGAGGAGCAGGCAGCCCUGCAGUUCAAUGCCCUGGACCCUGACAAGAAGGGGCACAUCGAGUGGCAGGACUUCCUCUCCCAUGAGUCCAUCCAGCUGCUGCAGAAACUACGGCCGCAGAAUGCCCUGCUGCGGCUGCUGACCCCCAAGGAGCGGGAGCGGGCACGGGCAGCCUUUCUGGCCCUGGACCAGGACAACGACGGUUUCAUCGGGGAGGGCGAGUGCCACCAGGCCCGGCACACCUGGUUCCGCAAGCACCAAAAGGAGAUGCUGUCCUGCAACGUCAGCAUCAGCCACGUGGGGCCCAUAUCAGAGGGCAGCCCCGCCAGCAGCAGGAACAGCAAGAGCCCAGAGAAGAUCCUGCCAGCCACGAAGCAGGAGGAGCCCAGGACCGUCGACUGGCCCGGCUUCCUGCGGGAGAACGUCGCCUACAUCCUGGCCGCGCGCCCCAACAGCGCCGCCCUGCACCUGCAGCCCCCGGCCUAAUCCCCGCGGCGCGUCGAGGGCGCGACGCCGCUCCCGCCAUGCACACCUGCCCCGCCCGGCCCUGGGGGCGGAGCUGGGCGCUGAUUGGCUGGCGGGGAGGCGGCCACGCUGCGCUCUGCCCCGCCUCCCUCUUGGAUUGGCUGCAAAGAGGACAGGUGGCCGGGCCGUGAUUGGCUGGGAGGGUGGGGGCCGCUCUGAUUGGGGGAGGGAGGUGGGAGGGGCAGGGCAUGUCUGGCUGGGGCCAGGGGAGCAUCAGCCCCCGUGAUCCACGUGCCCACAGCACUCCCUGCCUCGCGUGGAGCCCCUGCAACCCACAGGCAGAGCAGGGUCUGCUCUGGGUAAUUGUGGGGUCACGGCAGAACCGGUGCCCAGCAUCCGCGUGCCCCCCAGCCUCCCACAGUGCCACGGGGAAGCCACAGCUGAGCCUCUGUGUGCUGCCAGGUUUGCAGCAAGCAGUGUCUCAGCUCAUUGGCAUCAUGGAUUCUCGAGGGGAGGAUGUGGCUGACCCUGUCGGGGUCUUUCACAUCCCUACACUGCUCCAGCAAGGGCUGGAGCCCAGUAGGUCCAUCCUUGCAUGCUGGUGGUUGUUUUUGGGAGUGUUCCCUGGCCCUGCCCUCCUGGGGACCAACUAUUUAAUGCCGGCAGCAGUGGUGUGGGAAGGAACACUGGGAAUAGAAAGCUUCGGAGGGAUGGGAGGGCAAGGUGAGAUGUAGGGGAGCCCUCCUGUGCAUCCGACCUUGCCCUCAGCACUCCCUUGCAUCCUUCAUCCCCUCCUGUACCCCUGGUUCCAAGGGAUGCUCUCCAUCUACCCAGCAUUUCAGUCCCCAGCCCUGUUCAGUCCUGUUCUCUCCCCAGCAUGGUGAGUGGGCAACCCCACCUCACUAGGGGCAUUACUGCUUGUGGUGAGGAGGGGGAGGCAGAGCACAGAGCCCCCCAGAAGUCAGCUGCAGGGGUGAGGCACUGGCUGGGCAGGGUUGGUGCUUGGCAACACUGUGGUGGAUAGAUGUGCUCAGCCCGCAAGUGAAGGAGGAGGAACCCCGGAAACCUUGCCCCAAACACGCCAGGGGCCGGGACGCCCCGGUCUCAUGGCAGCCCCGGCAGCUGAUCCCUGCCCCUCUCAUCCCUUCCCUGCAGUGCCCUCAGCCUCUCCCUGCCUGGUGUGCCCUGGCUCAGCCGGGGGUCCCUGGGGUGUACACGGACCAGGCGUGCACCUGCAGCAACCUGGUCACUCCCUCACCUGUAUCCCCAAUGCAAAGGGGGCACCGUCCCACUCAGCCCCGUUUCCCCAGCCAGGGCACAGUUCCCCUUUCCAGGGUCUCUCCCACUGCAAGACCAGGAGGUGCACCAGUGCCACCACAUCUUCCUCUACCGCCCUGGCAUGCCAGGCCAAUGGGGAUAUUUUGGAUGCCAGGUCCGAGAUGUGGCCAGAGCGUCAAUGGGGAUAUUUCGGAUGCCAGGUCCGAGAUGUGGCCAGAGCCAUGGUGAGGAGGUGGCCGUGGGUGCGUGGGUUGCAACUCCCUAUCUGUACUGAGAUACAUCCAUUAAACAGCUGUGUCCAAUCA